CCUCAAACCCUAAUCUCCGCCAGCGCCAGCCCCCAUUUCGUCCGCCUCAGAGAGAGAGAGAGAGAGAAAAAUGGUGUCGGGUUCGGGGAUCUGCGCGAAGAGAGUGGUGGUGGACGCCAGGAACCACAUGCUCGGACGCCUGGCCUCCAUUUUGGCCAAGGAGCUCUUGAACGGCCAGAGAGUCGUCGUCGUCCGCUGCGAGGAAAUCUGCCUCUCCGGCGGCCUCGUUCGCCAGAAAAUGAAGUACCUUCGCUUCCUCCGCAAGCGUAUGAACACCAAGCCCUCACAUGGCCCCAUCCACUUCCGUGCUCCUUCCAAAAUUCUCUGGAGGACUAUUCGUGGAAUGAUUCCUCACAAGACUAAGAGAGGAGAGGCUGCUCUUGCUCGUCUCAAGGUUUACGAAGGUGUACCCCCACCAUAUGAUAAGAUCAAGAGGAUGGUCAUUCCAGAUGCCCUCAAGGUUUUGAGGCUUCAAGCUGGGCACAAGUAUUGCCUGUUGGGAAGACUGUCAUCUGAAGUCGGAUGGAACCAUUAUGAUACCAUCAGGGAGUUGGAGAAGAAGAGGAAAGAACGAGCUCAGGUAACAUAUGAGAGGAGGAAGCAGUUGACAAAAUUGAGGGUUAAGGCUGAGAAGAUUGCCCAAGAGAAGCUUGGUUCCCAACUCGACGUUAUUACUCCGAUCAAAUAUUGAAUUUAGUGUUGUAGUCCUUUGCUGUGACAAUUUUGAUGGUUACUAGUUUGCUUUUUGGAUUUGAUUUGAUUAGUAAUUCAUGUCCUCGGAAUAUCUUAUUUUCGCAUGUCAAUUAAAUCAGAAUUUUAUUGUGUA